AACAUGCGCGAGCAGGAAUACUUUACUUUAAAACGGACGCUGUAUCUGCAGCGGCGCGUGUGGAAGAUUUAAACCAGCAAACUAUAAUUAGAAAACAAUAUUCACACCAUAAGAACCUGCUUUCAACAUUGUACCUCUGAAAUGUUCGUGCACCUUCCGAUUUAAUAACUAUUAUGAGUUUUUUUUGUCCAAUCCAUAUUUUUGGCUUUUUUAAUUUUAUCUCAACACUUUGAGAAAGCUAUACUUCAAGGAAAGCAGAACCUGAGACAUUUUUUGUGGAAUAUUUGUUGAAAUAUACACAUACUGUUUGGAUGGACAACUGUUUGGAUUUCUUUGUGAUUCGAUUUGCUAUUGGACUACACUUCGAGAUGAGUUAUCUGACGUCAUUGUUACAUAUUGUUGCUACGAUCCAACUGAGCCUUUUACCUGCACAGAGUUUUCCCUUAGUAAGCGUAAACAGCACUGCUAAAGUUAUGCUGUUUGAAGAGGUGUGGGGGAAAAGCUUCUGCCGCACUAUAGAGAAGCUAGUGGAAGUUGUUCAAGAAUACCCCGGGGAGGUUGAGCACAUUUUCAGCCCCGCCUGCGUUCCAUUGGUCCGCUGCGCUGGUUGCUGUGGAGAUGAGAACUUGGAGUGUCACCCUACGCUUACUUCCAACACGACCAUGCAAUUAUUGAAGAUUAAGCCAGCAGAACAGGGCCAAGAAUAUGUGGAGAUGUCCUUUGUGGAGCACAAAGCCUGUGAAUGUAGACUAAGAAAACCCACAACAAAACAUGACAGACGGAAACCAAGAAACAGAGGGAGAAAAAGGAAGGAGAAACAGAGAGUGAAAGAUUGUGACAGGUGUCAGCCUCCUCGCAGGUAAACUCUGUCUCAUCGUGAUCUCAGCCUAUCGCCUGUAUCCGGCCCCUACUGUGCGACCCUCAUCAUCAUUAUCUUUCACUUAUGGAUACUGACACAGCUCUGCACCCAAAGAUCCC